UUAAGAGAAGGGAAUGACCCUCAGCUUUCAGACCGUGUGGGGUACAUAAAAGAGGAACCAGCCGAGAACUAUCAUCACAAUCCUCUCUUAGCCUUCUCCAGAAGAACAACAGGAUAUUCCAAAACUUGCAAAAAUGAAAUUCAUCAUCGCUCUCGCUUUCUUGGCGGUUGCCAUUGCCGCGCCGCAAGGAGACAAGAAACCCAUUGAAAUUAUUUCAUCCAACAGCGAAAUGAACGCCGAUGGAAGCUAUUCCUUUGCCUUCGAGAGUGAGGAUGGCACGAAAGUGCAGGAAAACGGCAACCAGAAACAAGUCGGACUUAAACCCGAAGACAUUGGAACCGUCUCCAAAGGAUCUUACUCUUUCACUACUCCCGAUGGUGUUGUUCUCACUGUCAACUGGGUCGCAGAUGAGAACGGAUUCCAGGCCACCGGUGAUCAUUUGCCUACUCCUCCCCCAAUGCCCGAGCAUGUCGUGAAGAUGCUGGCCGAUUUGAAGACUGCCGGUGUUCUGUAAACUGUUCCCGUGUUACCUGCACAGACGUGAUCCAAUUAGUGUCCCAAUCGCUUUGUACAAGUUUAGCAGUGUUGUCCAUUCCUUUUCUCGUGAAAAUACAGCCAAAUUUACUUCCGUAAAA